UGUACUAUUUGCCCCAUAUGAACAUGUUUACAGACCAAUCCAACGACUAAAAUACAUUAGUAUAAAUCUAAAUCCAUAAUCAAGCUCUAGUCCUCGUCAUCAAUAGAAGAUAUUAUAGUCACACUUAGCGUGUAAUAGUUUAAAUUAAACUCUCAAGAAUUAAGAGUAUUUUCAAUUUUUGUGAUUUUCUUCUCGACUAGAUCAUGGAAAUGAAGGUUGAGAUUUUAUCAAGAAACAUAAUAACACCAGCCUCACCAACUCCAAAUCAUCUUAGAGAGUAUAAACUUUCUCUUCUCUAUCGGUUCAUGAAUGAACACUAUGGAGGAAUCGUUUUCUUUUAUGUUUCAAGCCCUGAAGAAGAUUAUGAUCCUUUGGAAAAGUCUCGCAGCUUGCAGAGAUCAUUAUCGGAAACCUUAACCCAUUUCUACCCACUUGGUGGUCGAUUCAAAGACACAUCGACCAUCGAUUGCAACGACGAAGAAACAAUGCUUCUUGUUCAGCUUACUAUGUUCGAAUGCAAAGGAAUAGCGAUCAGCUUUUGUCUGCAACACAGGUUUUGCGACCUAUCUUCGGUUGUCACUUUCAUCAAGAGCUGGUCCGCCAUAGCCAGAGGACUCGGUGAAACGGCUGUGCUUCCGGAUUUCGUUGGUUCAUCGUUGUUGCCCCCAAAAGACUUGCCUCCAUUGCCGGCCGUUAGUAUUUCAAUGGUAAACCGAAUAACAACGAAGCUUCUAUUCGAUGCUACGAAAAUAGCUGCUCUGAAAUCCAAAGCUUCUUCCUCUGUUCCUGAAAUAUUAGUUAGGAAAACAGAACAAACAGAGCAGCUACUUCUUCUCACGGGUCGAAGUGGUUGUUGCUCUUAUACUCAAAUGCAUAAUCUCUGCAGCAAGAACAUCAUCGAAAUCCUCGAACCCGAAACAGUCAGUGCUUUUUCAAUCUUUGAAUUUGCUGAAAAGAAUGGUACCUCCUCUGUCUGAUAACUCAAUGGGCAAUCCGUUCUGGAUGCUUCCUGUUCUGAUACAAAAAGAUAUGGAGUUCCAUGAGCUGAUUGCAAAGAUGAGGAAAGAAACGACAGAGUUCUUCAAUGAAAAGGCGAGAAAACUCAAAAGGAAAUGAAUGAAGUUCAAUGGUUUUUGAGUGUGUGAAUGAGAGGAAAGAAAUGAUGAAGAGGAUAGGGUUGGAUAAUUCACAUUGUUGUACAAGCUGGUGUAAAUUUCCGCUGUACGAAAUGGAUUUUGAGUGUGGAAAUCCGAUUUGGGUUAGCAAUGGAGUUUUAUCGCCAGUAAAUCUGGUUGUUUUGGAAGAUACCAAAUGUGGAAAUGGUGUUCAAGAUUGGGUUUCUUUGUUCCCUGAAGUCAUGGCCAUUUUUGAACGUGAUGAGGGGCUUUUGGAGUUUGCUUCUGUAAAUCCUAAUGCUAUUUUCUGAUGAUAAUUUUUGAGUUUAUAUUCUCAAUUAUAAUAAUAAUCAAUUCCUCUUAGGCUAAA